CCUGCACGACCAACAUAAAGACACACGCUAUACUGUGCUAGGUAUAUGAUCUGUGAUUGUUUUGUUUUGCUUUUGUAGAAAAUACUUAUAUGUACAUUUUUGAAAAAUCUUAGCCCCAAAUUUUUGUAAAAUGUGGCAGUGAUCAUUAGGCAAACGCUAGGAGCCUCAAAUCGAUUCCGUUCUGAUGAGGUAAAGCAAAAUAGCGAUGCGUUGGAUUGCGCCAAUCGAGGGUUGCCCCAAAAGGGUAAAUCAUGCGGCAGUGGCGGUUAACCAUAAGAUAUACUCGUUCGGAGGUUACAGCACGGGAGAAAACUGCACCGGUUAUACCUCAAUGGACGUCCACGUCCUUAACACAACCACAAAUCGGUGGACAAAACAUCCUGUGAGUGAUUUACCCUAUUUUGAGAAUGAUGACAUCCUACCUUACCGAAGGUAUGGUCAUACGGCGGUUGUGUAUAAAGACAAUAUUUACAUCUGGGGCGGCCGGAACGAUAGAUCGUCUUGCUCAAUUUUAUUUAAAUUCGACACCUUUUGGCAUUGCUGGACUGCACCCAAAACAACUGGCUCUAUUCCACUAGCAAGGGAUGGACAUAGCGCCUGUGUGUGGAAGAAUUAUAUGUUUAUAUUUGGAGGUUAUGAAGAGGAAACUCAGCUAUUUGGCAAGUCUGUCUUUUUUUUGGAUUUGGACAAAUUACACUGGUCUUGCAUCAAUGCUAAUGGAUUCGAGCCAACCCUUAGAGAUUUCCACACUACAGUUUGCAUAAAAGACAAAAUCUAUUUGUUUGGUGGUAGAGGUGCGACAAUCCAUGUAAAUAUGCAGGGGGUGCAAGCACCCCUAGAAACUUACUGCAAUAAGGUUUGGUACUUGGACAUGAAAAAUUUUACUUGGCACAGCUGUGAAGCAAAAGGUGAUAUACCAAUAGGAAGAAGAAGCAACUCCGCCUUUGUCCACAAUGAUAAGAUGUAUAUAUUCGGAGGGUACAAUUCAAUUCAGGGAAAUCAUUUUAAUGAUUUGUACAUGUUUGACCCUCAAACUAAUUUAUGGACAGAGCUGAAACUGCAAGGAAAACCACCCUGCGAAAGGAGACGUCAAGCCUGUGCUAAAGUUGGUGAAAGAGUAUAUAUUUUUGGUGGCACCAGUCCACGGGUUAACCCUUCAUUGAUGCAAGUGGAGGACGCUGGAUUUGAUAGUUUGGUAGAUCAUAGUGAUAUGUACAUUUUGGAUUUGAACCCUUCAUUGAAGACUUUCUGCAUGAUGGCUGUAAGAAAAUAUAAAUUGGAUGAAUCAGUGUUACCUCGUAGCAUAAGAAUAGAAAUUAUGAACAUGUAUGCUCCAAAUAAGAUCACCCUGAGCCGACCAAACAACUCUGCAGGAUAAUAAUUUAUUUCUCGCAAAACAUUGCUGUUAGUUGCUGUAUUGCAAAUGUAAUAUACCUGUAAAUGCCUAACGUAGUUUGUCAAUAUUGUUAUAUAGUUUUUUGAAAUUUCUGAAAAUUGCUGAUUAGUUUAAUAUUUAGGUUACCAUAUUUUAAUUGUUUUUUGUGUGCUUAAUUUGUUUUCUUAGACUGUUAUCCUAUGAAAAAUAUUUUCUGUUACUUAUAAGUUAUUUUUUGUACAAAAGAUUUUAUUUUUAAUAUA